AUGAAUUUUUCGUACAUGAAAAUAGCAAUUUAUGUAUUAACAUUUAUUACGUACGCAUAUUCCGGUUACGGCUCCAGCACAAUUGCCCACUUAAGAGAUGCUAUUAUUGCCGCAGAGGCCAUAUUUGGAGAUGGACCACAUUACCCGAAGUUACUCUAUCAAAUGUGCUAUAAAUCGAUGUACAUAAAUUUUUCUCAUUGUACGUAA